UUCACUCAAACUCAUACAUAAGACUUCUACAUAUACUUUGGUGGAUCUUUAAAAAAAACAUCAAAUGGAGACUUCAACAAAACCAAACCCAUCUUCAACCACUUCAUCAUCAUCAGCUUCCUCUUCUAUCAUCAACGGUUCUUUACACAACCACAUCAUAACCAGAUCUGAUCAUUACCCGACAACUUUCGUUCAAGCAGACACUUCCACUUUCAAACAAGUCGUCCAGAUGCUAACCGGAACCUCCUCCCCAAGAUCCCCAGACUCGCCGCGUCCUCCUCCAUCUCCUUCCAACAAGAGCACUUUCGUGAUUCCACCCAUCAAAACAACACAACCAAAGAAACAACACUCAGGAAACAAACUUUACGAGAGGAGAUCGAACAACAACAGCCUCAAGAACAGUCUCAUGAUUAACACACUCAUGAUCGGCGCCGGAAACGGUGCCGGAAGUCCAAGAUUCUCGCCGAGAAGCCAGGAGAUUCUGUCGCCUAGCUGUCUUGACUUUCCCAAGCUGGCACUUAACAGUCCCGUGACGCCGUUAAAGCAGCACGGCGGAGGAGACGGGAACGAUGGUGACCCUUUUGACAGGAUGUCGCCAUUGUCUGAAGAAGAGAGAGCGAUGUCUGAAAAAGGUUAUUACUUGCAUAAGUCGCCUAUUUCAACUCCGAGAGAGACGGAGCCGCAGCUUUUGCCACUGUUUCCGGUGACUUCUCCGAGAGUAUCACCACCGGAUAACUAAACACUUCUCGAGGAGAGAGAAUGUUUAUAAAUUUACCGCCACUGUAACUUUUCGGUUUUUUUUUUUUAACUCUGCUCUGCUCUGCUCUUUUUUAAUCCUCUCUUCGUUUUAAUGUUUUACCAAAAAUAUGUCAAUUAAAAUUUAAAUAAAGAAAAUGAAGAAUAUAACAAGUCAAAGAUAAG